ACGUCUUUUCUAGCUCGCGCUCGCACGCGCAGACGUUGACAUUAUGGUCAACAAGCCACAUGCACCUCGAGCAGCUGGCAAGGCCAACGGGAAAAAGCCAUCGGCAGCCGCCCUGAACGAAGAGGACACGAGCUACAUCGUCUUCGGCGAUGGGAAACCAAAAAAGAGCAAGAAGCCUGCUCAAGAGAGUAGCAAUGCACAGGCAAGUAGCAGCAAGGGCAAGGUCGCGGCAGGCUCGACUCCAGCACAACCAGACGAACCUAAGAAGCCUGACACGAGGACGCUGAUCGGUGGUGCAUCAUGGACUGGCAAGCUGCCGCAGACCAUGUUCAACGAGCAUUGUCAGAAGCAGAAGUGGGAGCGACCGGAGUAUACCAUCCAUCGCAAUCCGAGGGGCUGGACGGGAGGAGUUAUCAUCAAGCAGAAGAAUCCGAAAACACAGGAGAUCGUAACGCUUCCACCUAUCGUGCCGCCGCCAGACUAUCUGAAAGAGCGAGGAACCCAGGAAAGUGCUCUUGAAGCACGGCAUUUCGCAGCUGCAUAUGCCCUGUUCAGAGUGAGCAAUAUGAAAAACAUCCACAUGAUGCUGCCGCCUAAGUACCGCGACUUGUGGAAAGGUGACUUUCAGGACCUAAAGAGCGAGGCUAUAGGGCAGGGCAAUGCGUACAUGUACGAGGCAGACCCAUUUCUGGCGAAGAAACGACAUGACGAAGAAAAGGUAGCCAAGGACAAGGCCAGAGCGGACAAGGUCAAGCAACAGGCAGAAGACAAGAAGCUGGAAGUUGUCAGUCUUGAUGGACAGGUUCAGAGCAAACACGUCUUGAAAGGCUGGAUGCGCGUGCCCAAAGUCGAGAUGGGAGAAGUGACGAGGCGCAAUGCUGAACGACUCAUUCGGCAGGGCGGCGCAUGGAACCCCCACGACAUUAAACUAUCUGCCAACGAGCGGAAAAGCAUCGUGGAGGACCUGUCCAAGAUUGGAUUUCGGAAAAGCCAUGUGGAGGAGACUACUGAGAUAUGCAAGGACAAAGAAGAGUGCCUCGAGUGGCUGCUCAUCCACGUGCCGGAAGACGAUCUUCCGAAGUGGACACUGCCCGACAACUACAUGGCUGGCGUUAGCAUGGCUAGUGGUGACCUUAGACGCCAGGGAAAGAUCAAGCGCCUAUCCGCGACUGGAUACUCUCCCGAACUCUGCGCGGAAGUUUUGGACUCAUGCAAUGGGGACGAGGCUCGUGCAGCAGAGAUGCUUCAGUGCAGACUGCUAGGACAAGAGGCGCCUCAAGCAAGGCCUUCCGAACCAGACCUGGAGCUUUGGGAAGAAGAGAUGGCAACUUCAGAGGCCAUUUUUGGCGACAAGUUUACCAAACAACAGUCAAUGUGCACAGUCAGUCUGGAGCUGCAAACGGCGGGUGAGAAGCCGAUCAUCCUGCGUGCACGGCCACCCUCCAAUGGCUACCCGUACACUCCACCGAUCUUGUCCAUCGAAGCCGAGCUGCCUGCGCAUGUGCGUCUCAGUAUUUUGAAGAAAGUGCUCGUUGCGGCCAACGAGGAGUUCCUUGGGGCUCAAAUGCUGUUCAACAUUGUGGAUUGGCUAGAGCAGAACGUACCCGGUAUCAUCAUUGAUCCUGGAAGGCUGAGUGAUGUAGCUUCUGCUACCUCAACUUCGACCAUCACAGUGGCGAGGCCUGCGAAGAAGAAGCCGCGGAGACAGCCAAAACCUAUCUCAUGGUCGGCACAAACUCCUACGAGUGAGGGACUCUUGCGGACUUGGCAAGAACGGCAGACAACAUCCGAACAGCAGAAGAUGUUGCAAGCCCGGCAGAACCUCCCUGCUUGGAAGCUGCGAGAUGCGAUCGUCAGCACUGUGAACAACAACCAAGUCACAAUCAUCUCUGGUGAGACAGGAUCAGGAAAGUCUACACAGUCUGUGCAAUUCGUCCUCGAUGACUUGAUACAGCGCUGCUUCGGUGACCAGGCAAACAUCAUCUGCACGCAGCCACGAAGAAUCUCUGCGAUAGGUCUCGCAGACCGUGUCGCUGACGAGAGAUGUGUCAAGGUCGGUGAAGAGGUUGGAUAUGCGAUCCGCGGCGAGUCAAAGCAAAUACAGGGCACUACGAAGAUCACGUUUGUGACUACUGGUGUCCUGCUUCGCCGCCUGCAGACCUCUGGCGGAAGUACAGGCGACGUCGUGCGAAGCCUCGCUGAUGUCUCGCAUGUGGUGAUUGAUGAGGUCCACGAGCGCUCACUUGACACUGACUUCUUGUUGGUGCUGCUGCGGGAUGUUCUCAAGAAGCGCAAAGAUCUCAAACUCAUUCUCAUGAGUGCUACACUGGAUGCUGCAAUGUUUGAGGAUUAUUUCAAGGCGUCCUCUAGCGUUGGAAAAGUCGGGAUCGAGGGUCGCACUUAUCCAGUGCAAGACAUCUACUUGGAUGAGAUUCUUCGAGCGACCGGGUUUGGCGGUGCCGUUGAAGAAGAGGAAUCGAACGGUCUGGCGGAUCUGACUCUUGACGAUGUGAUCCGCGGCAACACCUCGGGGACUUCAACGCCACGAGCACAGCCAGGCCUUGGUCAGGCAUUGAGAUCUGUUGGCACGAGGAUUAAUUACGAUCUAAUUGCCCGGACUGUUGAGCUCAUUGACCACAAGUUGGGUAGCAUCGAGGGAGGCAUUCUGAUUUUCCUACCAGGUGUGGGCGAGAUUGACCAAGCAUUACGAGCGCUACGCAAUAUUCCGAACUUGCACGCGCUGCCGUUGCACGCCUCGCUUCAAAGCUUUGAACAGCGAAAAGUGUUCCCGAGAGCGCCGCGAGGAUUGCGCAAGGUCAUUGCAGCCACCAAUGUUGCUGAAACGUCUAUCACGAUCGAAGAUAUCGUGGCCGUCAUCGACACUGGUCGCGUGAAGGAGACAAGCUUCGAUCCUGCCAAUAACAUGGUAAAGCUUGCCGAAGUGUGGGCUUCGAGGGCUGCAUGCAAGCAGCGCCGCGGUCGUGCUGGUCGUGUUCGGGCGGGCGAGUGCUACAAGUUGUACACGCGAUCCGCAGAGGACAAGAUGGCUGAGCGACCCGAGCCUGAGAUUCGGCGGGUACCACUCGAGCAACUUUGCUUGUCAGUACGCGCUAUGGGUGUCGCAGAUGUGCCAUCGUUCCUCGCCUCUGCACUCACACCUCCAGAAUCGCUGGCUGUAGCAGGGGCAUUGAAACUGCUUGGCCGCAUAGGUGCCCUGGACAGUACUGACCUGACAGCGCUUGGGCGACACUUGUCCAUGAUUCCCGCUGACCUUCGUUGUGGCAAGCUGCUGGUAUAUGGCGCUGCAUUUGGCUGUCUAGAAGCUGCGCUGACCAUUGCCGCAAUCCUUACUGUCAAGAGUCCCUUUGUGAGUCCCAAGGACAAGCGGGAUGAGUCGAAGGCAGCUCGAACUUCAUUUGGUGGUACACAAGGAGACCUCAUCUGCGAUUUACAUGCGUAUGAGCAAUGGUCAGAAGGAAGAGCAGGAGGAGAACCAACCUCAUCCUUGCGGAGGUGGUGCGAUGCUAAUUUCCUGAAUCACCAAACACUACUGGACAUCUCCACCAACCGAACGCAAUAUCUGUCAUCUCUACAAGAGAUCGGAUUCCUUCCCACUGGCUACAGACCUGGAAAUGCCAACGCGGAAAGUUUCAAUCGUAACAACACGAGCGAAGUGCUCAUCCGCGCGCUCGUUGCCGGUUCUUUCCAACCACAAGUCGCCCGCAUCGAGUUCCCUGAUAAGAAAUAUGCUGCAUCGUCUUCUGGCGCAGUCGAACUGGAUCCUGAAGCUCGUACGAUCAAGUACUUCAACGAAGAGAACGGCCGCGUUUUCGUGCACCCGUCGUCUACACUCUUCGAUGCUCAGACAUUCCCUGGAAACUCGGUAUACAUGAGUUACUUCACGAAGAUGGCCACGAGCAAGGUCUUCAUUCGGGAUCUGACGCCAUUCAACGUUUACAGUCUGCUCAUGUUCUCUGGUCCGAUCACAAUUGAUCCCCAAGGCAGAGGACUGCUGGUCGAUGACUGGAUUCGAUUGAGAGGCUGGGCUAGGAUUGGAGUUCUGGUCAGCAGGCUGAGAAUGAUGUUUGACGAGGUUCUGGCGAGGAAGUUGGACGAGCCUGGACUUGAUAUGGGAGAGAAUGAGGUUGUCAAAGCUGUCAGAAAGCUGGUCCAACUCGAUGGUCUUGACCAUUGAGCGUUCUUGUUGCUAAUCAGCAGCACCAGACACAAGCGACUCA